AGCGCUACCCAGGACCUCUCCCUUUCCCCUCCCGAAGCAGCCAUAUCACAACUCCCGUGCCUUGGUAAAUCCAGGCUAUUUUUUAAUCAUCAUGAGCUCUUCGAAGCCGUCACGCGAUACGGCUGCAUCGGGCGUCGUGAUGUCGGACAGUGAUCAUCUACAGCAACCGGUCGAGCGACUCGCCGACCAAUUAGAGGUUCCUUCCUUAGAUGAUCGGACAUACCGCGUUAUACGUUUACCGAACCAACUAGAGGCGCUUUUAGUUCACGAUCCCGAUACGGACAAGGCCAGCGCCGCCCUCGACGUUAAUGUUGGUAACUUUAGCGACGAAGAUGAAAUGCCAGGCAUGGCCCAUGCCGUGGAACAUCUUCUUUUCAUGGGUACGAAAAAGUAUCCGGUAGAGAACGCAUACAACGUGUACCUCUCUUCGCAUUCAGGGAGCUCGAAUGCAUACACUGGGGCCACUUCGACCAACUAUUUCUUCGACAUAGCCGCCAAACCCAGCAAUGGCGAGGAACCUUCCGCGACAAAUUUAUCCCCCCUUUUUGGUGGUUUGGAUCGGUUCGCUCAGUUCUUUAUCGAACCCCUAUUCCUAUCGUCGACGUUGGAUCGCGAGUUACGCGCUGUAGACUCUGAAAAUAAGAAGAACUUGCAGAGUGAUCAAUGGCGUCUCCACCAGCUAGAGAAGUCCCUGUCUAAUUCCAAGCAUCCUUACUGCCAUUUCUCAACGGGCAACUUCGAGGUUCUGAAAACGGAUCCCGAAUCGAAAGGUAUAGAUGUGCGACAAAAGUUCAUCGACUUCCACGAGAAGCAUUACUCAGCCAACCGCAUGAAGCUCUGCGUAUUAGGUCGGGAACCCCUCGAUGUCCUCGAGAAAUGGGUAGCUGAGCUUUUCUCCGGUGUUCCGAACAAGGACCUUCCGCAGAAUCGCUGGGAGACUGAAGUGCCGUAUGCCAAAGAACAUUUAGCUAUGCAAUGUUUCGCAAAGCCGGUGAUGGAUUCCAGAGAAUUGAAUCUCUAUUUUCCGUUUCUCGACGAGGAGUUCCUUUACGAAACCCAACCGAACCGAUAUAUCAGCCAUCUGAUCGGUCACGAGGGUCCUGGAAGCAUAAUGGCCUACUUAAAAUCCAAAGGUUGGGCUAAUUCAUUGAGCGCCGGUGCCUAUCAAAUAUGUCCAGGUACCCCAGGAAUCUUUGAUUGCCAAAUUAGGCUGACGAAAGAGGGGCUAAAACAUUACAAAGAAGUUGUUAAAGUAUUCUUCCAAUAUGUAUCACUUCUCAGGCAAACACCACCCCAGGAAUGGAUAUUCGAGGAACAAAAGGGUAUGGCAGAUGUCGACUUCAAAUUUAAGCAAAAGACGCCAGCUAGUCGCUUUACCAGCAAGGUCUGCGCUAUAAUGCAAAGGCCAUUGCCACGAGAGUGGUUGCUUAGCGGACAGAGCCGUCUACGUAAAUUUGAUCCGGAGGCUAUCAAUAAAGGGGUACAGCUCUUACGACCUGACAAUUUCAGAAUGACCAUAGUCUCUCGAGACUUUCCGGGCGGUUGGGAUCAGAAGGAGCAAUGGUAUGGUACCGAAUACAAGUCCGAGAAGAUUCCUGAAGAAUUUCUAGCCGAAAUUUCUAAGGCAUUAAAUUGCACUGCAGCAGACCGCCUUCCUGCCUUACAUCUUCCUCAUAGAAAUCAGUUUAUUCCGACGAAGCUUGAGGUGGAGAAGAAAGAGGUCGAGCGACCUGCCUCUGCGCCUCGAGUAAUCCGUAACGAUGAUGUAGCGCGAACAUGGUAUAAGAAGGACGACACCUUUUGGGUACCCAAGGCGAAUCUAAUCGUGAGCAUCAAGAACCCGAGUAUCUUUGCCUCUGCAGAGAAUUCCGUCAAGUCGAAGUUAUUCACGGAUCUUGUACGGGAUGCUCUAGAGGAGUAUUCAUACGACGCUGAGCUUGCUGGGUUGCAAUAUAACGUUAGCCUCGAUUCCCGAGGAUUAUUCAUUGAGGUAUCUGGAUACAACGAUAAACUACCCGUCUUGCUAGAGCAGGUUCUCAUCACAAUGCGAGAUCUUGAGGUCAAGGAUGAGCGGUUUGAAAUCAUCAAGGAGAGGUUGACCCGCGGUUACAAGAACUGCGAAUUGCAGCAGCCUUUUACGCAAAUCGGCGACUAUGUUUCGUGGCUCACGUCAGAACACGAUUAUGUGGUUGAGCAGUUGGUAGCCGAGCUUCCUGGAAUCACAGCCGAUGCUGUAAGGCAGUUUCAUAGGCAGACCAUGUCACAGCUGCAUAUUGAAGCUUACGUACAUGGGAAUGUGUACAAAGAGGAUGCUCUAAAAUUGACGGACAUGAUUGAAAAGAUACUGAAACCUCGUAUCUUAGCAAAGGAGGAGUGGCCAAUCAUCCGAUCUCUAGAUUUCCCGGCAGGGUCAAACUUUCUCUUCCAGAAAACCUUGAGGGAUCCUGCAAAUGUCAACCACUGUAUCGAGUAUUAUCUUCAUAUUGGAGACAAGGGGGAUCGUAUGGUUCGCGCAAAGACACAACUCCUUGACCAGAUCAUCCACGAGCCAGCAUUCGAUCAGCUCCGAACUAAGGAGCAGCUUGGUUACGUGGUCUUUAGCGGUUUACGUAGCUCCGCGACGACGUACGGAUUCCGCUUUAUAAUACAAAGCGAGCGUACUUCAGAGUAUCUUGAAUCUCGUAUUGAUUCCUUCUUAGUUACCCAGACCGCUUCUCUUGAGAGUAUGAGCGAUGCAGACUUCGAAAGCCAUAAGCGAAGCGUCAUCAUCAAACGCCUCGAGAAAUUAAAGAACCUGGACCAAGAAACAGGGCGGCACUGGGCCCAGAUCAACAACGAAUACUACGACUUUGAAUCAGCCCAGCGAGAUGCAGCCCAGGUAAAGCAACUUACAAAAGCAGAGAUGGUGGAGUUUUACUCAACCUACAUAAAACCCACAUCACCAACGCGAGCAAAAUUAGUUGUGCAGCUUAUUGCGCAAGGUAUUGGUCCGAAGGUGACGGAAGCCGAAGAGUCGAGCAAUGGAGACACGACUACUAUCUGGUCGAACGGUACAGAGCCACUAUUGAUUCGAAACGUGCGAGACUAUAAGGCAAGGCUUUCGGUAACAGCAGGGGCACGUCCGGUUAGAGACCUCAGUGAAUUCGAAGAGAUAGACUCAAAGCUCUGAAAUGAUCGCGGGAGGGAGCGUUGAGUAGAUGAUAGAACGCGAGGAGCCAUACCCCCUUUUGCAUGGUACAUUGCCGCGCUUCUCAACUCCACGUUUGGAAUGGCUGAGAUGGUGCUCUUCAAGACGAUAUUGUAUUGCUCGAGUAGCCUAAACGAUGCCUUCUUAACCCCACAUAUGGCUUAGUCAAGUCUUUAGUCAAGUUCAUCUAUGGUCCUGAUGGAUACCUUACACACGUAGGUAUACUGUUGGCCAGAGACCGGAGGAGACAUGGAAAGAGCCUUCAUCGAUGUGUGAAACUGGAAGUGGAAGAAGGUACGAUGUUCAUUAAGACACCUACCUAGACGGAAACGACAGUACUAGAAAAUAGAAUAAUAAAUGUAUCUGUGAA